ACACUGUUUUCUCCGGACAUUCUCACGCCCAGCGUCCGCAAAAUGGGUCAAUCAUCGGCCAAGCCGGCUGGACCGAACACGACGCCCAUGCAUCAGUCUCACACCCUCCCUUGGGAACCCUGUUAGUGCUGGCAGGCUCGCAGGCUAACAGUUACCCCCCAAGGGCAGGUCCACGAAGGAUCCUGCGUCCAACUCCUAUCGCUGGACGGGUGGAACAUGCUAGCAGGGUUGUCCGUUCCGGCAUGCUUUUGAUACCCCAGACGAAAAACAUAGUCUACCUCCGUUGUUGGCGCUUGCUCAUUCCACUUCUGACUUGAUCCUCCCAUUUCUUUACCAUCAUCACUCUUCUGCUUCCCCGCGCCUCAACCUGGGAUGAGAUCACCUUCUCACGUCCUGUAACCAUAAAUCGAACGUACCUUAAAACAUACAUUGAAGCCCUACCACCAAGCCCUCCACCCAAGGAUGGAGUACUUCGAUUUCGAUGAGGCCUCAUAUGACUCCCAUGCGCGCGAAGAUGAUGUUGCUUCGGACAACAUCGAGCUCGAUGAGAACGAGGCGGUGGAGAACUUCAAUGCCCUGUUUCAAGAACAGAGCCUAGAGUUUCCCAACGACCUGCCGGAGCAGGACUCUGGCACGCUGGAUAAUGGAGUCCAGCCGAUGAGCCGUUCCAAAGACCCAUGCGACUUUUGCAGGCAUAUGGGUCUGGAUUGCUUCGUUGCGAAGAGUGGCGUUAUGCGCCAAAGUGGUUGCACCUGUUGCAUUUCGCUCUAUCGAGAAUGCAGCUUCACUCACGCUCCGGCGCGAGGCAAGUUCCUGGACACAUUACACCCGAUCAAUGAGAAUGCCUACAUCCACACUGGUGGGUUGACCGGGAAGAAAGCACUCAAGUCUCUCUCCUACAUCGCCGAAGAUGUCGACAGUCGAGCGAGGAAAAGCAAUUCCCGACUGUCGCGUGAAGCGGUCCGCAUCCUCAAGACCUGGCUCCAGGAGCAUAGCGAGCACCCGUAUCCCACGGAGCAUGAGAAGGACGAGUUACAGCAACGCACGGGACUGAAGAGAAUCCAGAUCUCCAACUGGCUUGCCAAUGCUCGACGACGCGGCAAAGUCCGUCCCGCUCCGCCCAGCAAUCCUUCCGCGACGGGCGCAAUUGACAUUCCUGGCCAACAAGGCGUGGACGUUGCAUACAUGACACCCCUGGAGCGUUGGAAACACUCGCCCCCGGAAAACGAACCUGCUGCCACCUCUGAUAUUCUGCGAGCCCUGGUUAGUACCGACCUGAAUCAUGAGCGACAGCGCUCCUCCAGGCCGGGUCACGUGCGCUCCCUUUCUCGGAAGACUGGGUCUAGCAAUGACUCAAGCCAUGCCAACUCCAAUCUGUUACAUGCUCCCUCGGUUAGCAGUCAGGAGACAAGUCGCUCGGCCAGUCGCUCUUCCUUAUCUGACCUCUCCUUUGCCUCUGCUUUCUCCCACCGAUCCUCUCUCGGGUCCUUUGGUUCGAUGGAGCGGAAGGAACGCCGUCGUCGUCGCAAGCCCUCACUGCCGGUGAACACCUUCAAUCAGCAGAAGGCACGAAGUGCCCGUAUAUACCAGUGUACCUUCUGCACCGACUGCUUUCAAACCAAGUAUGACUGGCAGCGUCAUGAGAAGUCGCUACACUUAGCUCUCGAAAAGUGGACUUGCUCGCCGUUGGGUGGUGUGGUCUCCAUUGAUGGCACCAAUCGCUGUGUGUUCUGUAUGGCUGUCAACCCAAACAAUGAUCACCUGGAAUCACACAACUACAGUACCUGUCAAGAGAAAACGCCUGCGGAGCGAUCCUUUUACCGGAAGGAUCAUCUCAACCAGCAUUUGAGGCUGAUGCACAACGUGAAGUUUGACCCCUCAAUGGACGCCUGGAGGAGCACCAUGGUCGAACUCAAGUCUCGAUGUGGCUUCUGUGGGUUGGGACUUACAACCUGGAAAGAUCGUGUCGACCAUUUAGCCUCCCACUUCAAGAAUGGCAGCACCAUGGCUCAAUGGCAGGGGGAUUGGGGCUUUGAGCCGUUUGUCCAGAGCCUGGUAGAGAACGCAAUGCCACCGUACCUCAUUGGAGGCGAACAGAAGACCCUCAAUCCUUUCAAACCGCCCACUUCUGAGGAAAUGUCUGGUUUGGCCAGACCGGAGGAUGCUAACUGUUAUGGUCGCCUGCAGCGUGAACUCACUGCAUACAUCCACAACCAAAUGGCUGUUGGUGUCAUCCCCACGGAUCGUAUGAUACAAGACCAAGGCCGGCAGAUCAUCUACGGAAGCGACGACCUGUGGAAUCAGACGUGUGCCGACAAUCCAGUUUGGCUUAGCCUUCUGAAGCGGGAUGCUGGAGUCGAGAUCAUUCCAGGCUCUGAGCAUAUCCAGUUCGCCGACUUGGGUAUGCGACCACCGUUCGCUGCUUCUGAUGGUUUAAGGCAACCGCCCGCUGAAACCAACCUAUCGGCCAGGUCUCUUUACCCCCAACAACGGACAUUCAGCCCCUUGACUCCCAGUUCUGGCCUCCAGAGCCCCGCCUUUAUGAACGGCCGGUCUUCAGCGGCUGCCAGCGCCCCUGGCAGCUCUACUGGCAGCUAUGCGGAAAGUUCGAGCUUCCUUCCAUCCAGACCCUAUUCCCGACUGUCUGCCGACUGGGGAGGCAGCCUAUCUGCUGGUGCGGUAUCUCUUUCAACGCCUCUGAGUGGUUCGGUUGACCAGUUUGUGCAAAUGGGGUUUGACCCCGACUUUUUGAAACAGCUGAAUGAGCGGUAUGACGAGUUGCCGUUGGACGAUUUGCAGGGCUUAAGCUUUGAAGACAGCAUUAGACGCGAGGCUGGAGAACAACACCCAGCUGGAAAGCCUUUGCCUGUAACCAACCCUACUUCUGUCCCGAUUGCUAUCCCUAGUACACGGAGCCCGGAUGUGUUCAUGCCCGAUACUCCCGACCAGGGCUAUCCGGGUAUGCAUGGGGUAUGAAAUGCGGCAUAAUGGCAAUCGAUGAGGGGUGUCAUGGGGUUGAUAUGGCAAGUGUAGAUAGUCAUGACUGGUGGGCCCUGGGAUUAAAAGCUUUCCUUUCCCCUAUGAUUGUGUUUGUUGAAGAGCCCUUUGUUCCGAGCGUGUUCUCGCCCUUUUUAACUGGAGUCUUUCAUUUUGUGGAGGGAAUUGGAUAUGUACUGGAGACUGCGACAGUUAAUAUACCCUAUUCUUGUGGACUUUGCCG